UCACAGUAUCCCUCCCUCAACAGGAAGCUUUGUUCUCAUUUUAGACCAAGAACACAGGCACAUGUGGACGUGAAAGUAGAGUAAAUGAUGUUUAAUUUAAAGUCUUCCUGCUUUUAGAUGGUACAACAUGUGACAUGGCAACCAGCGAGCCGGCAGCAUUGGACGGCUGCUCUGCUGCACCACAGUUGAAGAUCGUCCUCCUCGGGGGCCGAAACUGUGAGAAGAGCUGUCUGGGGAACCUCAUCCUGGGCAAAGAGGAGUUUGUCCCCCGAGAGAGGACCUCGUGCUGCAGGCGCCUGGGCGUGGUGGCCGGACGCCGGGUCACCGUGGUGGACACUCCCGGCUGGUGGUGCGACUUCAGCUCCCGGGACACGCCCGAGCUGGUGAAGCGGGAGAUCGUGAGCAGCGUCGCCCUGUGCGCCCCGGGGCCGCACGCCUUUCUCCUCACCGUCAAGGCGAGCGCGCUCUUCUCGGAGAAGCGCCGCAGGGCCGUGGAGGAGCACGUGUCCCUGCUGGGGGAGAAGGUGUGGAGCCACUGCGUGCUGGUCCUCGUCUCCGCCGACCGCCGGGAGCUCGCGCGCGGCGGCGGCGCGGAGGCCCUCCGCUGGCUCGCCGGGAAGUGCGGCCACAGGUGCCGCCGCGUGGUCUCGGGGGACGUCGGCGCGGUCGGCGGGCUGCUGGAGGAGAUCCAGAAACUCGUCACGCGCAAUGGAAACGGAGUGUUUGAGGUGCGGGGGAGCGUCGCGCGCGCGACCGCGGAGGAGAAGAGGAGGGUGGAGGAAAGGGCUCGGCGGAGGUUCGUGAUGGCGAAGGAGCACAGAUCUCUGAUGAGAGAGAGUUUGCGGCCCGUGAGCUCUAUCCGGAUUGUGUUGGUGGGAGCCAAGGGUUCUGGGAAAAGCUCCACCAUGGACACAAUCCUGAGCACAGAGAGCGGCCAGCGAGUGCGCAGAACGGCCCGGUGCGUGGUGGGGACGGGCCCGGUGUUUGGGAGGCAGGUGACCGUGGUGGACACGCCGGGCUGGUGGGCGAACUACUUCUGUGCCGAGAGUCCCGUCUUCGACCGGAGGGAGCUGGCGCUCGGCGCGUCUCUCUGCCCUCCGGGGCCCAACGUGGUCCUGCUGGUGAUCCGCGCGGACCGAGCCUUCUCCGAAACCCACUGGAGGGCAGCGGAGGAGCACAUGCGGCUCAUCGGCGAGCGCGCGUGGAGGCGCGUCAUCGUGCUGUUGAGUUGCGGGGACUGGCUGGCGGGCACGACGGCCGAGCAGUGCGUGGAGAGCGAGGCAGGGCCUCUGCGGGGUCUCGUGGAGAGAUGCGGCAACAGGUGCCACGUCCUGAACAACAAAACCAGAGGGGAUCAAGGCCAUCAAGUCAGAGAGCUGAUCCUGAAGAUCGAGGAGAUGUUGGCCGGCCGCAGCGGCCGCCAGCAUAUCGAAGUGGAGAGGCCAGUGGUGGAACAGCUGGAGGAGGAGAGGAGGAGAGAGGGGGCGCGAGCGAUGGAGAGGCUGGCGAGGAGGGAGAGGCAAAGGCAGAUGGCGAGGUCUCAGCUGGAGAAGCUCAACGCCAUCACAGAACUGAGAAUAGUGCUCAUAGGCGGCAGGAAAACCGGUAAGAGCUCGUGUGGGGACACCAUCCUCAACAGAGAGCGCUCCCACGCGGGGAACCGCACCACUUCCUGCUGGGAAAAACCAGCCACGAUCGGCGGCAAGACGGUGGUGGUGCUGGACACACCGGCCCGCUUCAACGCGACCCCUGACCUCCUCCGCCCGGCGUCCUGCGCCAUCCUCCCCGUGGUCAACGUGAGCUCCUCGUUCAGCGCCGACCACUUGGAGGCCAUGGAGAAACAGCUGGAGGCCGGAGGAGGCCAGAUGUGGCGCACAGCCGCGGUGCUGUUCAGCCACGGCGACUGGCUGGGCGACACGAGCAUCGAGCAGCGCAUCGAGAGCGAAGGAGAGCCGCUGCGGAGGCUGGUGGAGCGGUGCGGGAACAGGUACCACGUCUUGGAUAAUAAGCACCGGGCGGACGGGGCUCAGGUCAACGAGCUCAUCGCCCUGAUCGAGGAGACGCUGGUUGAAGACGCGCCGGUCGUCCUCCGCGGAGGGGAUCGCGUGACACAGGGUGUGACCCGGCGUGACAAGGAUCGAAAGAGGAUCACGAUCUGCAGACAUCAGGUGUCCCCGUCAGCUGAUUGGAUCGGCCAAACCCACCACUUCAACACCUCGGAGCUGCUCUGGAGGCCCCGAUGGUGGCGCUCGGAUGGUGGCCCUGCCAGCAGCGAGAACAGCAUGGACUGGACCGGACAUCCUGGUGGGAGACGCCCUCGCGGCCUGUUUAGCCUCCAUGCUCUCUGGGGGAGCGGCGGCGAGGUGGACCAUGAAUCCGCCCGGGUGGCUCCCGAACGAUGUCCUUCACCUGAGACUGAACUGUGCGCGGCGUCCGCUCUCAUCCAAGCGGCCGACGAUGCUGCUGGUUGCACCUCAAACGCAACGCGGGACGCUCGCGGAGGAAAGCGGCAUCAGCGUGCACUCGCUCUGCCGCCCUGCGCCGAGAGAGCGGACUCUGGCGGGGCUCAGCGAGAGCGGAGGCCUGCAGGCACUGAUCGACCAAUGGGGCGAGAGCAGCCUGGAGGAGCUGGAAGCCUUUAUCGACUCGUACUUUGAGAUGAUUUGGGAGAAAACUGUGGGGUCAUUGGAGGAACCGGUCCGUCCCACUGCAGAUGUGGGGGAGGAGGUGGAGGAAGAGGAGGAGGAUGAGGUGCUCUCAUCCAUCAACAGGAAACUGUCAA